UUGAAAAGCAGACACAGUCACUGAAAUCGAGGGAGAGAUAGAAUGGAUCAAUACGCAGCGUUGAAGGCGGCGGUGGAGACGGCGGAGCUCGUGGAUGCGCACGCGCACAACAUCGUGGCGCUGGACUCCGCCUUUUCUUUCAUCUCCUGCUUCUCCGAGGCCACCGCCGACGCCCUAUCGGCUGUACCACACACCAUUAACUUCAAGAGAAGCUUGAAAGAAAUCUCCCAACUCUACGGCUCCAACUCGUCCUUGGAUGUUGUUCAAGAAUACCGGACCAACUGUGGACUGGAAUCGGUGACUUCAAAGUGCCUCGCUGCUGCUGGAAUCUCAGCCGUGUUGAUUGACGAUGGACUUCAGUUGGACAAAAUGCACAAUAUUGAGUGGCACAAGAAAUUUUUCCCAUAUGUUGGUAGAAUAUUGAGAAUUGAACAUGUGGCUGAAAGGAUUCUUGAUGAGGGAAGUCCAGGUGGAGCUCCAUGGACACUGGACUUGUUUACGAAAAAUUUCGUGGAUAACUUGAAGUCACAUGCUGAUAAAAUUGUUGGCUUCAAAAGUAUAGCUGCAUAUCGCAGCGGACUUGAGAUUAAUACUAAUGUAUCAGAAAAGGAUGCGGAGGAGGGUCUUAAUGAAGUUUUACGAGCUGGGAAGCCUGUCCGCAUCGCUAAUAAAAACUUUAUCGAUCACAUCUUCAUCCGUGCAUUGGAGGUUGCCCAAUUUUUUGACUUGCCAUUGCAAAUACAUACAGGUUUUGGUGACAAAGAUCUGGAUUUAAGAUUGUCCAAUCCCCUUCAUCUUCGUAGUCUUCUUGAGGAUAAUAGAUUCAGCAAAAGUCGGAUUGUUCUAUUGCAUGCUUCAUACCCCUUUUCAAAAGAAGCAUCAUAUUUGGCCUCUGUGUACUCGCAGGUGUACCUGGACUUUGGGCUGGCAGUGCCUAAACUUAGUUUCCAUGGAAUGGUCUCCUCGGUGAAAGAACUCCUUGAGCUAGCACCAAUAAAGAAGGUGAUGUUCAGUACUGAUGCAUGCGGUUUUCCGGAGAGUUACUACCUAGGUGCAAAGAAAGCACGUGAGGUUAUAUUUGCCGUAUUACGUGAUGCAUGCAUCAACGAGGACCUUUCAGUUGCUGAAUCCAUUGUGGCUGUCAAAGACAUAUUUUCUGAAAAUGCGAGAAACUUAUACAAGAUAACAACUGUUUCAAAAUCUAUUGAAAAUGGCAUUGCUCCCCUCUCUGUGAAGUCCGGUGUUAAUACUUCUGCUCAGGGUGUUGCAUUUGUUCGCAUUCUGUGGGUUGAUGCUUCUGGACAGCAUAGAUGCCGUGUGGUUCCUCAAAAACGUUUCCAUGAUGUUGUUGCAAAAAAUGGUGUUGGACUGACCUGUGCAUCCAUGGCUAUGUCCUCACACAUGGAUGGUCCCGCUGAUGGAACUAAUCUAACUGGAGUGGGUGAAAUUAGCCUCAUUCCAGACCUAUCAACCAAAAGGCUAAUUCCUUGGGCAAAAGAACAGGAAAUGGUUCUGGGUGACAUGCACCUUAAACCGGGCACACCAUGGGAGUAUUGUCCUAGAGAUGCACUGCGGAGAGUUUCAAAAAUUUUGAAAGAAGAAUUUAACUUGGUAAUGAAUGUAGGAUUUGAGAAUGAGUUCUUUCUGUUACGGAGUGUGCAAGUGGAUGGGAAAGAAAAUUGGUUGCCAUUCGAUGCAACUCCUUACUGUUCCGCAGCUGCGACAGAUGCUGCUUUCCCUAUACUUAGUGAAAUCAUGGCUUGUCUUCAGUCCUUAAAUAUUUCAGUGGAACAGCUACAUGCAGAAUCUGGGAGUGGCCAAUUCGAAUUCUCAUUCGUCUACACAAACUGCAAAGAUUCAGCUGACAAUAUAGUUUUUGCACGCGAAGCUAUUCGGGCAGUGGCCAGAAAACAUGGAUUAUUGGCGACUUUUGUACCUAAGUACUCGCUCUAUGAUAUUGGCUCUGGAUCGCACGUGCAUAUCAGUGUGUCCGAGAAUGGACAGAAUGUGUUCAUGGGGCGCAACGGAGAAACUAGAUACGGAAUAUCCAAGGUCGGGGAGGAGUUCAUGGCCGGAGUAUUGGAUCAUCUUCCUUCGAUAUUGGCCUUUACAGCUCCAGUUCCAAAUAGCUAUGAUCGUAUACAACCUAAUACGUGGAGUGGCGCAUACUUGUGCUGGGGGGUGGAAAAUAAAGAAGCUCCUUUAAGAGCUGCUUCCCCCCCGGGAACCCCGGAUGGCUCUGUAAGCAAUUUCGAGAUCAAAGCAUUCGAUGGUUGUGCAAAUCCUCAUCUAGGCCUUGCUGCCAUAAUGGCUGCCGGAAUUGAUGGCCUAAGACGAAAGCUAACACUACCCGAACCUAUUGAUUAUAAUCCCGCGGAUUUCAAAGACAAGGUGGCAAGGCUACCUAAGUCACUCGCCGAAUCUGUCGAAGCCCUUGAGAAAGACACUGUGCUGCGAGAUUUGAUCGGUGAAAAGCUUCUGGUUGCCAUUAUAGGGGUCAGGAAGGCUGAGGUGAAGUACUAUUCAGAAAACAAGGAUGCUUGGAAGAAUCUCAUCUACAAAUAUUGAGGAUUCCCAUUUCCCUUUUCGUGUAUGGAUUUAGUUAAAUAUAAUUAUUUCUCAAUCAAAGUGUCACAUUUUCAA